UAUUCUCCCUCGCUCCUCCGUCUCUCUCUAAAAUUCUAUUACCUCUCUCUAGUUUCUAAUACUAAUACCAUCCAAUCUAACACCCUCUCACACUGCAAAACUAGGGUUUACAAUUCAAGAUCCUCUUACCUGAUAUAUAUCCCUCACCAAUUGAACUUUUCAACCAGGUUAAUUGAACUUCUCAACCAGGAAUUGUGCAUUUUCAAUUCUAAUUUGCGAAGAAAUGAGUAAAGACAAAACUCCGCAAACUACUAGAAGAACUACUAGAUUAUCCGCUUCGUCUCCUAGUUUGACCAAUGCUGUUAGUACUACUUCUCAUUCUCUUACUCUUCGGGACCUGGUGUUCGGGGGUGAAAUCUUAAAUGCGGAUGAUCUGUUUUCUAGUCUUCCCGGGAGGCGUGGAGUGAUUCUUGAAUUGAUACGCCUUUUAGGUCCUUUGAAUAGUAAAAUGAUUCCAUUAUUCUUGUAUGGAGGUAUUUCAACUGGAAAGACAACUACAGUUUUGCAGAUAUUUCGACACCUCAAACGCCCUUUUGUUUAUGUGAGUUGUCGUACUUGUUACAGUCCUCGGAUAUUGUUUGAAACUAUUCUUAAUCAGCUUCUUCUGCAUAGAAAGAAUGAAGGCAACGGUUAUUCGAGUGCAAAGCGCUGUGAGAAACCAGCUGAUUUUGUUAAUCAUUUGAGAGAUGCUCUUGUUAAUGUUAUAAAUGGUUUGAAGGAAAAGACUGAGAGAUCAAGCUCCAAGAAGUCUGUAAAAUGGGUAAAGGGGAACAUGAUUUACUUGAUAAUUGAUAAUUUAGAGUUUGUUCGAGACUGGGACAAGAGCUUAAGCAUAUUGCCUUUUCUGUACAAGCUUUAUGAUCUCCUGAAGAUGCCUGAAUUGGGUCUUAUUUUUAUCAGUAGUGCCUCGCCUGAUACUUACUACUCGGAUACUGGUUACGAAGAGCCUAUUCCUUUGUAUUUUUCUGAUUAUACAGAGGAAGAUCUUCGUCAGAUCUUCUUGAGAAAUCAGUUGAAUCCAAAGCUCUAUGCAUCGUUUCUUGAUGUGGUGCUAAAGCCUUUUUCUCGUGUUACAAGGCGGGUUGAUGAGAUAUCUACGGCUUUUUCUCAGUUGUUUAAGAUAUAUUGUGAACCUUUACAAGAUCAGACAGUUGUGCCUAAUGAAGAAAUGAAAAGACGAUUAUUCAGUCAUCUUCAGCCACAUAUAGCGCCUUCUCUGAAUGAGACAUUCAGGGUGCCUUCUCUGUGCAGUGAAAACACAGCCAACAAGGACACGUUUAAGCGGAAAGUGAGUGGAAAUAAAUUGGGAGUUCCUGACAUUUCUGAAGAGAUAGACUUUCAUAUGUCUGUCUGUGCAAAGUACCUGCUUAUUUCUGCUUUCCUAGCUUCUAGAAAUCCAGCUACCCUUGAUGCUUCGCUGUUUGAUUCAACUGGAGGCGCUGCUACCAGGAAACGAAAGAGGAAGGCCUCCGAAAAAUCUAUGGAGCAGAAAGAUAUUGCAGAUCAGGAGUUGCUCAUGAAAGGGCCUGGAACUUUUCCUUUAGAAAGGCUGUUGGCUAUAUUUCAGUGCAUCACCUCGGUUGCAGAAUAUUCCCUCGAGGAAGAAGAACUAGGUAAUGGAGGAUCAGGAGGUGGAGCUGGGGAUGUAGGAUUGAUGUCUGAUGUACUUCUGCAACUAUCCAGUCUUUGCAGUGCAAACUUCAUAAGCAAAGGCAGCAGCUGUCCCUUGGAAGGUUCAACUCGGUACAGAUGUACAGUGGAUGAAAAUAUGGUUUUAAAGGUUGCAAGGAGCAUGAAGUUUCCUCUUUCCAAGUACUUGUACAGAAACUAAUUUACAACGUGCAAAGCUUCUUGAUAUAUUACACAUGUAAUCCAGUGUUACAAUGCGAUAUUUAUCUGCAGAGGAAAGGGGACAUUCCACAACUGUCUAUUAUGGUUGUUAUAACUUUGAACAUUUUGAAUAGCUAUGACGAAGUUGCCAGAGUCAAGUGUAACUGGAGUUGUAAUAGAAAAGUUAAGUUAAUGAUGAAGUUGCCAGAGUCAAUUGUAACUGGAGUUGUAAAUUGUAACAUAAUAUUUAAGUUUAUGAUGAAGUUGCAGAGUCAAUUUCAUGAUUUGCUGAAAAUGGAGGUGAAUUGCAAAAUAUGGUUAAAUGUUCCUCUUUUUUUUU